AUGAACAGACCCGAUGGCCGGGUCCGACUAAUGAACCUCAACUUUCACGAGAGUCCGUCCGCAACCAUGCGGAGCAGCGGGCUGCAAACCUUCGCCUCGAGAGUUCAUUCAUCCGACUUGGUGAAAGCUGGGGGGUCCCUGGCUGGCGAGAAAGGGCUGACAGCAAGGGCGUCUGGAACAGUGGCUGUGUCAGUGGCUGUGUUAGUGGAUGUGUCAGUGGAUGUGGGAGGGGCUGUGGCAGGGGCUGUGGCAAAGGCUGUGGCAGAGGUUGUGGCAGAGGAUGUGGCAGAGGCUGUGGCAGAGGCUGUGGCAAGGGCUGCAGCUGCCGAUGAUCCCCGUGCGCUUGAGCACCUCCCUCCGUGCUCCCCCCCUGCUCCAACGCCCACUCUUCCAGACCUGCCCCACCACCACCUGUGCCUGCCAGCAGCCGUCCCUGGGACCCACUCGCUCAGGGCACACGGACGAGCUGCCCGUGUGCGUCCCUCCAGUGCUGCUGCCCAUCCGCACAGGAACGGAAGUAGCCAGUGCAGCAGCGAGUGGGGUGGGCAGCGGCGCUGGUUCUGGUGCACACGGUGUGGUGAACCCCACCGCAUCGAAGCUGCUGAAACCCACAGCAUCGAGACUGCUGACCCCCAGCAGCACAUCAUUUGGGAGGGCGCUCUCCCACUCCAGCUGGCGAUGCUCCUCUUGCAGCAGAGCAUCUAG